GGAGAGCGGAUAUAGUGAAUGCGGGGUUGGGGAGAGCGGAUAUAGUGAAUGCGGGGUCCGGGGAGAGCGGAUAUAGUGAAUGCGGGGUCCGGAGAGAGCGGAUAUAGUGAACGCGGGGUCCGGGGGAGAGCGGAUGUAGUGAAUGCGGGGUCCGGGGAGACCAGAUGUAGUGAAUGCGGGGUCUGGGGAGAGCGGAUGUAGUGAAUGCGGGGUCCGGGGAGAGCGGAUGUAGUGAAUGCGGGGUCCGGGGAGAGGGGAUGUAGUGAAUGCGGGGUCCGGGGAGAAUGGAUAUAGUGAAUGCGGGGAUUUUUUUUUCCAUUUUUCCACCUG